AUGUCUAUUAUUGUUGUGAUUCUAAUCUGUGUUGCAACAAUAAUUUUUCGAAUCAGAAGGUCAAGAAGAGAAAUUCAGUCAGCCUUACCAUUUCAAAGCAAGUACCCGAAACUCUCUUAUGCAGAACUUCACCAAGCAACGAAUGGGUUCUCUUCCGACAACUUGAUCGGUGAGGGAAAGUAUGGUCUUGUUUUCAAAGGGAUUCUCAACUCUACUGGACAAACAAUUGCUGUGAAGGUAUUGAAACUUCAAGAACAUGGAGGGAAUAGGAGUUUCCAAGCAGAAUGUGAAGCACUCAAGAACAUUUGCCAUCGCAAUCUUGUCAAGAUAAUCACAUCUUGCUCAGGCACCGAUUUUAAGCGCAAUGAUUUCAAGGCUUUAGUUUUCGAAUUCAUGAAAAACAAGAGCUUAGAUAACUGGUACGCCGAAUGUCUUCAACAAGGAACUCCGAGGUUGAACCUCAUCCAACCUUUAAACAUCGCCAUUGAUGUGGCCUCUGCAUUGGAUUAUCUUCACUAUCAUUGUGAAGUAGCUAUCAUUCACCGCGACUUAAAGCCAAGCAACAUUCUUCUUGAUGCUGAUUUUUGUGCCCAUGUGAGUGACUUUGGUCUAGCAAAGAUUCUUUUACAAACCACGUGUAGAUCAAACAAUCAACAACAAUCAAGUUCAAUUGGCAUUGGAGGAACAAUUGGAUAUGUUGCUCCAGAAUAUGGUUUGGGUGAAGAGAUAUCAACACGAGGUGAUAUGUAUAGCUAUGGAGUGUUAUUACUAGAAAUGUUCAUCGGAAAAUGGCCAACAGAUUGCAUGUUCACUAAAACUCUUAGCCACUCUAGUUACACAAAAAUAUUUCUUCCAGACAAGGUAUUAGAGACCAUCGAUCCCUGGAUCAUAUUGGAAGAAGAAAGGCACCCAAGUAGGACUAGGCAAACUAUCACACCAAACACUAAUGAAUUUGAAGUUUGCCUUGCCUCAAUCCUUCAAAUCGGUGUUUCAUGUUGUGCUGCACUGCCCAGUGAGAGAAUGAAUGUUGUAUUCAAAAUUCGUCGUAGCCGAUGA